ACGUGGCAGGUCAUCUCCAGGUGGGCUCAUCUGUUCAGCUUCAGCAGUCCAGCAGAGCCCAGUCGGACUCCACUCGGCGGUGGCACACGUCACAACAAUGACGGGUCUGGGCGUACGUCUUGCUCUCUGCGCUCAUCACCCAGCCUUGUUAUGACCGUUUGCCAGGUGUGUCAGAAUAAUGUGUCCAGCACGGAGGGUUGUGGGGGUGUAUGCCAUUGUGGGUGGCAUCCUGAUCCAUCUCACCCUGGGCAACCUCUACAGCUUUGGUAACAUGAUGACCUACAUGGUGUCCUACAUGCACCAGAGGGUUGAUCCCACCAUCACUUAUGCUAACAUUCUGUGGGUCAACUCCAUCACCACCAUGGCUCAAGGUUUCUUCAUGGUGUUGGGGGGUCUGCUGGAGAAGCAAGCUGGACCUCAAUUGACAUGUCUCUUGGGUUGCUCCAUUCUCAGUGCAGGAAUAAUUCUGACACGCUAUACAGUUGAGCUGUCAUUGUUUGCGGUAAUCCUGACAUAUGGGCUGUUGUCAGGACUAGGAAUUUCCUUAGCAUAUGCUACUCCCCUGUCUUGUGGAAUGCAGUGGUUCCCAAGACACAAGGGUCUGGUGAAUGGCCUGAUAGUUGCUGGCUUUGGUCUGGGUGCACUUGGCUCUACCACCCUCCAGACCAUGUAUCUCAAUCCUGAAAACAAGCCUCCUCAGAAUGAUGGAUAUUUUGUGGAGGGAAGUAUCCUGAACCGAGUGCCGAGUGUGUUUGUCCUGCUGGGCACCAUCUUCUUGUGUAUGCAGGUUACAGGCUGCAUCCUGCUCAAGAAGCCCCCUCAGAACAAGGUGAUCCACUGCCAGCAGGAAAGUGAAGGUCUGCUGUUAGAGGAAGUGACGUAUGAUGAGCAUGAGCUUCACACCAACUCUCCAUAUAUUACUUCCUCCUCCUCCACUACCAGCUCCACCACCAUCACAAGCCCUUGCUCAGACCUGAAGCCACAAGAGGUGAUCAAGCACAGAACAUUUUGGAUGCUGUGGUUGAUAUAUUUCUUCAACACCAUUGCCAUUGGUUACAUCAAUGCCAUGGGAAAGAGCUUUGGUCAAACCUAUAUCAAGGAUGACCACUUCUUGGCUGUGAUGAUAUCCAUGGCAGCCAUCUUCAAUGCUGGAGGCCGGGUUGCGUGGGGCCGCCUGAUGGACAUCACCUCCUUUAGGAUUUCCAUGCGCAUGGUGACCAGCCUUUUGACAAUCUUGUUUGCCACCAUGCCUCUCACAGUUUAUUUGGGUAAGGGAGGCUUCAUGAUCUGGCUGUGGGCAAUAUUCUUCACUUUCUCUGGAACAUUUGUCCUCAUGCCCACUGCUAUAGAAAAAACAUUUGGGGCCGAUCAUUACUCUGCCAACUAUGGUCUUCUCUUUACCUCCCAGACUGUAUCUGGACCUCUGAUUGCACUGGGAAACCAGUUGCUGCUUACAACAUUUGGUUUCACUGGAUGCUUUUUGGUGGUGGCCUUCAUCAUCUUCUUGAGUCUCUGCAUGACGUUCCUGAUUCCUGAAGGGAUUUAAAACAUCUGUUAUGAAUAUCAUAAAAUAAGUGUCAGUCAAUGAAUAGUUAGUGGUAUAGUCACAUGAACACCUUGGUGCAGCCUUGUCUCAAAACACCAUGCUUAAGUAUACUUUUGCAAUAUUUCAAAACAUUCCUACUUGCAAUUCACAGGGGUGCUAAAGAAUUCUGAACUGGACUGUGAGAUAGUUAGAUUUGUAUAGGAAAUGCUUCACAUUUGCAGUCUGUGUUGUAUUCCUCUUAAAAAGAUAAAUAAGCCUUCUGCAUAACAUACUAAUAUUUGUAUCUAAGUUGAAGUAUGUCACUCUGAGACUGUAAUGGCUGUGCUACACAAUCAGUCAUCAGGCAGGCAAUUUAUGCCUGACUUUAUUCCCACUAGUACUGGUUAUGCACCUAAAAUGUUAUAAAGAUUUUUUAUACAAAAA